UCAGUGAGGUGCCCCGCCCUGCUAGACCCGUCUUGUACCUGCUGCUUUUUUGUAUUUCUUGUCUUUCCUAACGUUGUGUACAGCGCCCGGCCCUACUACUACCACAACAGGAGAGGAUAGGAAUGGCUGCAGUGCAUUCCACGUGUUGACCGCCCACAUGUUCGACUCCCCCUUCCAUCCAUGUCUUGGCCUGUGUCCUCUCGACAUAAAGAUGCUCUCCAUUUCCACCUUGUUCAUUUCCACUCAUCCUUGCCUCCUCUACAGUUGUGAGCUUCCUUAACCUAAAAGGGGGAUAGAAAUAGCCUAAGCUACUCUAUCCCUUUGAGAUGUAUUUCUUUCUUGUCUCAAUAAACAUACUUGAACUUGAACUUAACCGCUGGUAUCCUAGCGUCAUGUAUUUUAGCCCCGUCUCAUCCCAAAUCCUCAUCCUGACCCCCUUCCAAGUGCUAUAUAGUCGUAAUGGCUUCGCGCUCUCCCCUGAUAAUUCCCUCCCUCCUGUAGCACAGUGGUCUGCAUUCUGAACUCACAAUCGAGGAUCCCGGGCUCAAUCCCCAGGCAGGACAGAAACGAUUGAGUAUGUUUUCUUUCACCAAAUGCAUCUGUUCAGCUUGCACGUAAUAUGUGGCCAAGAGCUAUGUAACUGUUGUGGGCUGCACCCUGAGGAAUGUCAGUAGUUGGCUUAGGCCUUGUGAGACCUCGAUAAGCUUAAAUGCAGGUUUUCUGUCCAGGACACAACGGGAAUUAUUAUCAUGACAUUUUUCCACAAAUCCACUUGAGAGGCAGGAACCAAGAGCCAUAGUUAAUCUCAGAGUGAUGAGUGGCUUUAUACAUAAAUUCCUACACUAUCAAAACACUGUAAGACCUGAAACCACUCUAAGCAGAUAUGAAAGUUUGUAUCAGUUGUCCUCCUAAGGUUUAUCAGUGUCAUGGGAGAAAGGAGACCAAGCGGCAGCUACACCAUAAAGGGAAGGAGCAACUUCAGGAGUCGGAGAGAGAGAUGUGAGAGUGGACAUUACUCCAGCACUGACACUGGAGACACACACACACACAAGCAGGCUGAUGUGGGUCUGCAACAAGGCGUGUUUCUGACGGCCUAACAAGGCAAUUAACGGAGUUCCGACCUAUGUUGUUGAGAUAAGACGCACAUUGUGGAGACAACACCACCUCUGAUAAGGACACUAUAUAUAAGAGAGAGCACUUACACCGUCCAGAUAAAGUACUCGUAAUGGAAAUUAUUCCCCCGAAGUGGUGAAGAUCCUUCCCUGGCAGUGAGCAGUAAACCGCACAUUAGUUCCGUUGGUUUGUGCGGGUGGUGGUGCAGGAGGGUGGAGCAGCUGAUGUGUGGAACAGGUCGGGUAGUGGAGCGAAGCCUCGUUGAGCAGAUGUCGUAUAUAUAUAUAUUGUACCUGAAUGGCGGCAAACGGUUACACUGUGUGGCAGGACUUGUUGUCUUCAUCAUCUCGGCAGCUCCCCGGCAGUUUAAUGAUACGAACAUUAGUACUCUUUGGUGAACUUUAAGCAAAAAGUGCAAGUUGUCAAGAGCAUCGGCCAGUUAUGGCAGGAACAAGCAGUGUCGUUUUUCUCUCUCUGGUGUUUCUGAGUCUGGUCAGAGCCUUUGCUUUCACAAAUCAUUUUAAGAUUGGUCUACACUUGGGAACCAGCUCCGGGAAGCAAGACCAUAACCACCACUACUGUACAGAUUCUCGUGAGCAGCUCCUCAAGAACCUCUAUGUGGAUUACUUCCAUUCCUUGGGUCCCUGUAUUACUUCUGAUGGUAGCAAAGUGUACACCUUUAGGAACACUGAUCAAAGCAGUGGUGACAAUACCCACACCUACUCCUCUCUGUGUGCAAAAGUGCCCACAAUAUGCAAACUUUCUCAUCAAAGUGGCCACCGGACCUUGGAGGCAGGGCAGAUGGUGAAGACAUUUCGUGACAAUAUCAGAAGACUUUACCACCCGAUAACAAGUCACGGCUCUCCUCUCGCCAUACCCCCACCCACCUUGGACCUGCGUAACUCCAUGGGUCGCCCCCGGGAUGAACCUAUCGUCUACCAAACGGAAUGUGGUCACAGACGGUGUUCCGAGCAUGGAGUGUCAGUGUGUGACAGUGUCAAGGGUUUUGUAUUCCCAGUGGUGGGUCAAUCGGCUAUCUCAAAUACAACGGUUACCAUCGUACAAGCAUUUCCUGAUCUUGUCCAACCAGUAUUCUUCAGAAAAUGCAGAACUGAAAAUACGCAGAUAGCACAUGGAAAAUGUGUCCAGGAUUAUCUCCCAGUUGGCUUCCUGGUGUCACCUACCUUGCCUGGAGCUGUGGUGGCUCAAGACUUUGUGAUGGUUGAGUCUGGGUGCCAUCUAGCAACAGAAGUGACCCAUUAUAGAGAUAAACAGCUUCAGGAUAAUUUCACAACGGGGGUUUAUACAAAUAUUGACAAAAUGCGAGAAAGUGAUAGACGAUUAUUUUAACCACUGUAUAAAGAACGGAAGCAAAAUGGCCCACGCAAUUUUUAUUUUGCAAUGUUGAAGCUUUGCACUUGUUAAUUCAUAGUAAGCUUAUUGAUGUUUAUUGCCUAUAGGUGCCUUACUGUGUGAUGCACAUGUACGGCUCCCAGACCUCCACAUCACAGUCGACACUUUUCCUUUUACGCACUUUUUUUUUUUUCUUAUGUUUGUUAAAUUUUCAUAAUACAUACUGUAUUCGCACUGAGUCAACCUUCACACUUUCUGAAUUCUUUGUGCUUACCCCAGGCAUUCCUACAACUGUCCCAGAGUUUAUGUAGAUAAACAGGAAUUACACCCCUUCCCUCCAAAAAAAAAAAAAAGUUUCCCAAAAAUUUAUUUUACAAGUAUCUUCAUUCACCUUGAUUAAUAUAGCCGUCAUGUUUGAUCUGAUUGAUGAGACCACAAAACAUGAUUUAGACAUGUUGAAUAAACCAUUUGUAUGGCUUAUUUAAACCAAAA